AUGUCUGCCGCACCUUCCAACGGAGCUGGAGCUGAGACGGAGAAGCUUCCCAAGUCUGAGAUCGGAUGGCUUUUCGUGUCGCAAUACUACACCUUUAUGCACAAGGAGCCUAAUAUCCUUCACUGCUUCUACACCAAGCGAUCAACAUUGGUGCACGGCAAUGAGGGUGAGAGCGUGAUGUCGUCUGUGGGUCAACAGGACAUCCACAAGAAGAUCCUCGAAUUGAACUACAACGACGCUAAGGUCCUCGUCUCCAACGUCGACUCCCAGGCUUCUGCGAACGGUGGAAUCAUCAUCCAGGUCCUCGGUGAGAUGUCCAACAACGGUGAGCCCUCCAGGAAGUUCGCUCAGACCUUCUUCUUGGCUGAGCAGCCUAAUGGAUACUUCGUUCUUAACGACAUUUUCCGGUAUUUGAAGGAGGAGGUUGAUGAGGAGUAUGAGGAGGGUGCCGUUGAGCCUGGGCAUGUUGACCAGCUCGCUCAGGCCGACUCUGGGUUCAGCAGCAUGCAGAACUCUGAAAGCUUGUUCUCUGAGCAACACCUCCAGCCUCCUCAGGAAGAGGUUCAGGAGACCAAGGAGGAGCAGCUUGACACUCCUCAGCCUGCCGAUGUUAUCGAGGAGACUCUUGUGACUGAGGCUGGUGCAGUUGAGGAGGAGCCCGUUCAGGAGCAGGAGCAGGAGCAGGAGCAGCAGGAGGAGGCUGCUCCCGUUCAGGAGGAGGAGAAGGUUGAGGAGCCUGUCGCCGAGGAGGCAGCCCCUGUCGAGAAGGCUAAGCCCGAGGAGCCCGUCCAGGAGGAGGUCGCGGCUCCUGCUGAGCCAGCCCCCGCACCCGGUACCGUUCCCGCCAACGCCGCCAAGGCCACCCCUCCUCCUGCCGUUCCUGCCGCGCCGAAGACCUGGGCCAACCUCUUCAACAAGGGUACCGCUUCCACUCCUGCCCAGGCCGCCGCCGCCGUCGCCCCCAAGGCUGCCCCUGCUCAGGCUCCCACACAGCCCGCACAGCCCCAACAGCCCCAACAGCCCCAACAGCCCCAACAGCCCAAGCAGCCCAAGCAGCAGUCCACUCCUCCUCUCGAGGAGAACCGCCGCCGCGAGGGCCGUGCUCCCCCCGCCGAGGGCAACGCCUUUGCCUUCAUUAAGAACGUCCACCAGGAGAUCACCAACCAGCAGCUCCGUGACGCCAUCACCGCUUUCGGUCCCUUGAAGGACUUCGAUGUCAACCGUCAAAAGAACUGCGCUUUCGUCGAGUUCGUCGAUGCCUCCGCUUUCGCUGCCGCUUACAACACUCACCACGUCCGCAUCUCUCCUAACCUUCCUCCCGUGAUCAUCGAGGAGCGCCGAAGGGGCGGUCCUCAGGGUGGUCCCUUCCAGAGGCAGAACUCUGGUCGUGGGCAGCAGGGUGGAUACCAGCGCGGUCGUGGCGGCAACCAGGGUGCUGGCCGCGGUGGCUUCAACAAGCCCCGUAACGGUGGAGCUCAGACUCCCACAUAG